AUGUUAUAUGGAUAUCCACCAUUCAUAAGUAAAUCGCGUCACACUACACGUAUGAAAAUUAUUAAUUGGCGAACGAAUUUAAAAUUUCCUUCUCGACCUAAAGUAUCACGGGAGGCACAAGAUUUAAUAGGGAAGCUCAUUUGUGAAAAGGAGGAUCGAUUGGGAUCUAGUAAAUCAUCAAAUCGACCUAAUGAAUUAUAUUUAUCAAGUAGAAAAUCUGCCAUAUUUGGAUUUGACGAUGCAUCGGAAAUUAAAUCACAUCCUUGGUUUAAAGAUAUAGAUUGGGAUAAUUUACAUAAAUCAAAACCACCAUUCAUUCCUCAAUUAAAGAAUGAUAUAGAUACUAGAUAUUUUGAAGAGAAUAUUGAUGAUAAACCUUUAGCAUCACCAGAAAAUAAUGGUCACGGAGUUGAAAGAAAGCCAAAGGAUCCAAUGUUAAGAGAUAAACAUCAUGGAAAAGAAAUUUUAGAUAUGCGUAAAGCAUUAGCAUUCAUUGGAUAUACAUUUAAAGGUUUACCAACGGAAAAUCAACGUGGAAGUAUGGCAGAAAGAGUUCGAGGGAUACCUGAUUUUAAUAAAAAUAUUGAUGGGAAAGGAAGUUUGAAACUUCGAGCUAUGAUGAGCUUUGAAAAACAAGUUAGCCAAUUAAACAUCAAUGAAGAUGUUGGUCCAAGAAUAGCAGAAAGAACAAGUUAUGGAAAACAGGGCCACGUCGUUAAAUUAAGAAGCAACUAUUUUAAAGUUUCAAAGUUCCCAAAUGUCAUUGUAAGCCAUUAUAGCUUUGAAUCAACUCCAAAGUCAAAUAAGGCAACAAUUGCGCAAAUUUACUAUCAAGUGGCUGAAGAUAAUAGAUUCAAAAUUUAUCAUGCAGUUUACGAUGUUGGUACUUACGAGGCCACUAUUCGAUUUGUCCAAAGAUUAAAUUUUAUCGAAUUAAAAAAACACAUAUUUGGUGGAAAUGCCUCUAUGAGUGAAGUCCUGACUUCUUUAGCCGCCUUAAAUACUUAUAUCAACUUUUCAGCUCGUCAAAAAUAUUUGGCUAUUGGUAAAGGUGUUUAUCCAGUUGAUACUCGUGGAAAACCCACUAUUUUACCUGGUGGACUCGAAUUAAAACAAGGUUUUUAUCAAUCAUUGAGACCAGGAACAGGUGGCAACGUUCUAGAUAUUGCUUGUAAAGUAUUGGGAAAAAAAAGUAAAGAUGAAUUUCGUCGUGUUAUACAUCGUGGACAAAAAAAAACCGUUUAUCGUGUUAGAGGAAUUACCACAGAAUCUGCAGAUCGAUUAUUAUUUUCUUUUAAUAAGGAAAAAAGAAAAAUAACUGUUGCCGAAUACUUUUAUUGUACUUAUGGUCGAAAACUUGAAUUUGAAACAUUACCUUGUAUUAUAGUCAACAAAGAAGUUCUUAUGCCCAUGGAAGUAUGUCAAAGAUUUAGCGGUGCUCUUGCCGAUACAACUCUUGCUGAUAUGAUCAGAUAUACUUGUAUCAAACCAAAAGAAAGAUUUAAUCAAAUUUCCUUUUCUACCAAGGAGAUAUUUCAAUAUGACAAAGAUUCUUUAUUAAAAUCUAUCGGUAUGGAUGUAGAGUCUCAAAAUAUGUUAGUUAAUGCUUUAGAAUACCACCAAAAAAGUUCUAAUGCCCGGUUUGUUCCUGAGUCAGGUCGUUGGAAUAUUACGAAUAAAAUGGUAACUCAAGGAAAAACCCUCCAAAAUUGGUCAGUGAUAGCCUUUUCCACUGAACGAGCUAACCAAAAGCCAGUUAUUAAACGUUUCAUUCAACAAUUUCGAGAAGUUGCCAGCCAAAAAGGAAUGAAUGUAUUCAACGAUCCUGAAAUUUAUUAUGCGAAUCCAUCUGGAGAUAUUCAAAAGUCCUUGUAUCAAGCGUGUUGUCUUGCCAGAAGAUUUAAUAAAGCAUUGCCACCUCAAAUUGUAUUUUGUAUAUUGGAACAAACUGGUCCUCUUUAUGGGGAAAUAAAACGUAUCGGCGAUACUAUAAUGGGUGUUCCUACGCAAAUAAUAUUAGCAAAAUUAUUAACUAAACGUGGAGUUGACCAAAUAUGUUCCAAUCUUGCAUUAAAAGUAAAUGUCAAGCUAGGAGGACAAAAUUGCUUCCUUGCUAAUGGUCAACUUGACUUUGUAUCCGAAGCUCCGACUAUGAUAUUUGGUGCAGACGUGUUUCACGCAGGUCGAGGUGAAAAUCAACCUAGUGUGGCUGCCGUUUGUGCAUCUAUGGAUAUAAAAGCUACUGAAUACUGUGGUCGCUAUAGUAAAAAUAAAGAGCCGCGAAAUGAAACCAUUGAAAAUUUACAGGAAAUGACUGGCAAUUUGUUACAUGCGUUCUAUAUCAAGAACAAUACUCUCCCUGAUCGAAUCCUUUUUUAUAGAGAUGGCGUGUCUGAAGGUCAAUUUGAACACGUACUCCGUAUAGAAGUAAAAGCAUUAAAGGCAGUUUUUGAAUCGAUUUAUAGAAAAGGAUUUGAACCUAAACUUACGUUUGUUGUAGUUCAAAAAAGACAUCACACCAGAUUUAUGCCAAAUGAAUCUCGUGAUGGUGAUAAAAAUGGGAAUUGUCGACCAGGAACUGUUGUUGAUAGCACUAUUGUUGUUUCUCAAGAGUUUGAUUUUUUAUAUUAUGCUCAUUUAAUGGCAAAUCGUGCAAGAUAUUAUCUUCAAUGGGGUGAUUCGAAAUCAGACGGAAGUAAUAAUAGCUCGUGCUCUAUCAGUAACGUUAAAUCCGAGUUAAUGAAUACGAUGUACUUUACAUCAAGACAAGUGCUUAUACAAUUUCGUAAAUAG